AUGAUCGAAAGAUUUCAAAUUUCUUAUGCAGGACUUGGAGGAUUCCGUUCCGCCUUCAACAUGAACGUUCUGCCACCGUUCCUGGCCGCACUGCAACAAAAUCCGUUGGCCUUACAGCAACAAUUGCUUGGAUUGACCGGUGGAUUGAGCGGUGUUUCACCGGGACCUGACGAAGAGGACGAGAUUGAGAACAGCACCACUACUGAACCGGAAGAUUUGACGAUGAGUUUUCGCAAAGAUGCAAAAUUGGAGGAUCAUCAUGGGGAAGGCGGCACGUCACUGGGCGGUCCGUCAUGGUCCUACGAGGAACAGUUCAAACAGGUACGGUAA